GAUGUGACACACACCUUACGCCCCUGUUAAAGUUUUGUUUUCUCAACGAAAAUGGCGUCCUCACGCUUUGCACUCGACGCCAUCUUGAAAACAUCGUUGAUGUACUUUAUCCUGCUACGUAUUGGAGUUGAUUCUCGCACCGACGCUCACGAAUGUUUCCGAACAUGCGAGUGGCCACCGAACCCAAUGAUCUGCCGCUAUGAGUUUACUGUGGAGUGGUAUUACAGCAUGUCCACAUCGUGUUUCGACUGUCCGUACAACAGGACCGACUGCACUAGACCGCAAUGUAUACCCAUUAAUGGAGUGCCUCGUGGAAUUGUCACAAUCAAUAGGCAGUUUCCCGGACCGAGUAUUCAAGUGUGUGAGUUUGACACCAUCGAGGUCAAAGUCAACAAUGAAAUGGUCAACGCAGAAAGUAUCGCCAUUCACUGGCACGGCAUUCACCAACGAGGAACACCCUACAUGGACGGUGUUCCGCUAGUCACACAAUGUCCCAUACCCUAUCGCUCGAGCUUCACCUACCGUUUCCAAGCCGAAACGGUCGGUACUCAUUUCUGGCACGCACACGGCGGGCAAGCCCGUGCCAAUGGUGCCGUGGGAUCUCUUAUCAUACGGCAAGCCGCUCCUGCCGAAAUACACAGCCAGCUGUACGAUUAUGAUUUGCACGAACAUGUGAUAAUCGUGCAGGAUUGGAUCAAUCAAUUGAUGAUUGAUAGAAUCACCAAGAUCAACUAUGGUGUCCUAGACCUCUUACCAGAUUCUCUUUUGAUUAAUGGAAAAGGUAGAUACCGCGAAUUCAUCGAAGCGUCUUCCAACCUGAGCGUCUAUACGCCCCGAGAGGUCUUCCACGUCCAGAGGGGCAAGAGAUACAGAGUUCGCACCAUUGACAAUGGCCUGUUGGAGUGUUUGUUGGAGAUGUCCAUUGACCAUCACAAUCUGACAAUCAUCGCCAGCGAUGGGGCUCCCAUUCAACCGGUCGAAGCCGGGGCGUACGGUAUGACAACCGGUGAAAGAUUUGACUUUAUCUUAGACGCCAGUGCCGAGAUUGGAAAGUACUGGAUGCGGAUUAAGGGGCGUGGCUGCCCCGGCCCCGGCUUCGAAGAACUGGCUCUUCUCGUCUAUGAGGGAGCAGCGGGCCUACCUGACCCACCGGAAAUAGAACAGCCUUAUCCAUUAGAAGUCAUAGUGAACCCUUUCAAUAGGAAGAGCUCUGAGUUCGUGAAGAAUAUAAUGGACUUAAGCGCAGCAGUGAACGGCACUGAGCAAGUUCCUGUUCCAGAGGCAGAUGAAACUCACUACAUGGUUACUGAUCUUGAACUGGUCAACAAUAACGACUACAACCAUCCCGUGUACAAUCCAGCCUUUGGGGUCAAAGGUGAUCUUUCAACCUUUAGAGGAGUCCCAUCACCGCAGAUAAACCGCGUUUCGUUCAAGCUUCCAUCAUCGCCGCUUCUCACGCAGUACCAAGAUUUGUCUGAAUUUGAAAUGUGCAGCACGAAGAGUGUGUUGGCGCAUCAUCAGGAACGCUGUAAGAAUGAGCACUGUCAGUGUACACAGGUUCUUCAUGUCGAGCUCGGGAAGGUUGUUGAAAUAGUACUUGUUGACCAGGGUAAUUUUAAAUUGGCUCAUCCGAUGCACAUUCACGGCUAUAGAUUCCAAGUAGUGGCCCAAGGUAAGCUGGGAGAGAAGACGACACUUGACGAGGUCAAGCGACAAGAUAAAGCAGGCAACAUCACUCGCCGCACUCAUAAUGUACCCCACAAGGACACAGUAUUCCCGAUAUAUGGUGGGUACGUCAUUGUACGUUUCGUGGCAGAUAACCCAGGAUGGUGGCUGUUUCAUUGUCAUGUAUCACCCCACGUCACGGCUGGCAUGACGAUGGUUAUUCGAGUUGGUUCGGAUAAAGACCUACCACCAGUUCCACGUAAUUUCCCUCGAUGUGGCGGUGACUGGCACCAAGAUGAUAUCGGGUCCACUGUUCCUAUUAAACCUGCCCCCGUCCCGAAUUCUGCUUGUUAUAAUGGAAGAUACCCGAUGUUGUCACUCGCUGUGGCAGGCUGUGCUGUGUCUACCAUUAUCGGGAUGUUGGUUUAAAGGGAAGGUACACGUUUGGUAAUUAAUACUCAAAACAAAUAUUAACUUAAAAAUUACUUGGU